ACAUUCCUCACUGCCCAGACGGGAUUAUAUUGAGUAGUCGCACUCAUAUCUUCUCAUUGAACAUCUGGAUUCAAAUAACUUUAUGGACCGAUGACACAUCAUGACUAUGUAGUUCUUCCGACGACGAGCGAGCCAAGGGAAGAUGUCAACGAGGACGCCGACCUUAUUCUAGAAUCAUUACUACGAGACAACAAGGGCGUCACGCUUGACACACCACAUGGAGGCUCUCUAGUUGUUCAUGAAGAUGGCCAUACCUAUAACUAUUCAUACGGACCAAGCGGAAUUCCAGGUCUAGUUCGCAAUCGUUAUGCUGUUGCGUGCGCAGCGUUUGCUGGUAUUGGCGGUAUUUCAUUCGGG